AUGCCUUUCCUGUCAUAUGCCCGUGCGCUGGAACUGAGGAGGCAAUUGCAAGGAACCAGAGCUGAGGUUAUCUGUAUCGGGUGCGAUGAUUAUGCGACAAGCAUUCGCCGAUGGAGUGAUACCUGCGAAAAAGAAGCUGGUGCCGUUGUACGUGUAGCAAGUACAGCAGAAGUGGCUGAGGUGGUCCGGUUCUGCCGGAAGCAUCACAUCGACUUCGUGGUCGAGGCUGGUGGACACUCCACCACCGGGGCUUCUUCGUCGCAUGGGGGUGUGGUAAUCAGCUUGGCUAAGAUGCGCAAGGUCUUGACAGACCCUGCCUCUGAGACGGUGUGUGUCCAAGGAGGCGCGACCUGGGAUAUGGUCAAUGACUCAACUGCUCCUUACGGGCUAGCUGUGGUAGGCGCCAUCGCCAGUCACGCUGGGGUGGGCGGGUCAACAUUAGGAGGUGGCUCCGGAUGGCUAACAGGGCAGUACGGCCUGAUUGCAGACCAGCUGGUGGGUGUCAAGGUGGUCCUGGCCGACGGCACCAUUGUUGAAGCAUCAAACGAGGAGAACCAGGACCUAUUCUGGGCGAUGCGCGGAGCUGGACAAGCUUUUGGUAUUGCUACUGAGUUUGUAUUCCGUGCCCACAAAGUCCGAGACACGUUUUUCGGAGGGGUGAUAGAGUACGAUGUGGAUACGCUACCAAUGCUUGUCGAUUUUGCGAACGAGUUCGAUCGACGUCAGGAUCCGAACAGUGGCUUCCACUUUGGAUUCGCACAUUCACGAGAUGAGAAGCAAAUGGUAUUGCGGGCUGUGGUUUUCUACGACGGGUCUGCGUAUCAAGGCGGAUUAUUUUUUGGACCCAUCCUAUAUCAAAACCCUCUGAUGACCCCUCUGACCAAUCAUACUGGCAUGAGGACGUAUAUAGAGAUGAAUUCAGUUGCUAAUGUCGACCCGGUGCCAGAAGGCCGCAAAAGCAUCAGUGGUGCCAACAUCAUGCGACCGCUCGAGACAAGUCUUUUGCAAGAUCUUUACAGUCAGUUCGUUGAGGCUCUGCAUGCGUACCCUCGUAUGGAAGAUAGCGUGUUGAUGUUCGAAAUUCUACCAUACAAGAAGACUGUGGAGGUUCCUGUUGAAGAAACUGCGUGUGCCAAUCGAGGGCCUUAUUACAGCGCCCAGCUCUUAUUAUGCUGGCAUGACUCUGAGCUGGAUGCGAAGAUGCAUGCUCUUCAACGGAGUAUUAUCUCCAAGAUCUUGGAAGCGCAACGAGGCAUUCCUGAUGAUCAUGGUGUGGCAUGUCCCAAUCUUGCAGGACAUGACGUUAGUGUCGAGAAACUGUACGGUUCUAACCUGCCUCGAUUACAGAAGCUGAAGAGGAAGUAUGAUCCACAUAAUGUAUUCCGCAAGUGGCAUGAUCUACUUGCACCAGCAAAGUCACAUGUAGAGCAGACGGACAAAUCUUAG